CUUUUAGGAGCUCAGGUUGACUUUGGUGUUGCGUCACUCAGAAAAACGGGCUGGACUUCCGGUAAACGUCACUUCCCGUCGUUUCCCGAUUGGUGGGAAAAAAAUGAAAACUAAGUGGUAAGCUCGUGAAGUUUUUUUUGCGGUGUUAAGUGGAGCAUUCUUACUUUUAUUUUUAUUUUUUCUUGCAAGGUCAAUGGAGUCCAAUAUAAAAUAGCGAAGAGCUCUUUUACAACUUCUUAUCAGUGGGCCUCCACCAGGCUGAAGGGACCUCCACGGAAAUGGCCAACCUGAACUGGAAGCCGUUUGUGUACGGAGGAAUGGCAUCGAUCGUCGCAGAAUUUGGUACCUUCCCUAUUGAUUUGACCAAAACCCGGCUCCAGGUCCAAGGCCAGUCUCAGUGCAUGGAGGUCCGCUACAGAGGCAUGUUCCACGCUUUGCUCAGGAUCGGACGAGAAGAAGGCAUCCGGGCGUUGUAUUCCGGGAUUUCUCCGGCACUCCUAAGGCAAGCCUCGUACGGGACGAUUAAGAUCGGGACGUACAAUACGCUGAAGAAAUUAUUCGUGAGCCGUCCUGAAGAUGAGACGAUGGUCAUCAACGUGUUCUGUGGCGUCGUCUCCGGAGUGCUGUCCUCGUCUUUAGCGAACCCGACAGACGUGCUGAAGAUUCGCAUGCAGGCUCAAGGCAGUCUGCUCCAAGGCAGCAUGAUGGCCAACUUCAUCAACAUCUACCAGACGGAGGGCACGCGAGGACUCUACAGGGGCGUCAUCCCGACCGCACAGAGAGCCGCCAUCGUGGUCGGAGUCGAGCUUCCGGUGUACGACAUCACCAAGAAGCACCUGAUUGGUUCCGGCCUGAUGGGAGACACGGUUCUGACUCAUUUCAUUUCCAGUUUUGCUUGUGGUCUGGCAGGAGCGCUCGCCUCCAACCCCGUGGACGUGGUGAGGACGCGGAUGAUGAACCAGCGCGUGCUGUCCGGGAACUUCCUCUAUAAAGGCACGCUGGACGGACUCAUGCAGACGUGGAGGAACGAAGGUUUCUUCGCUCUGUACAAGGGCUUCUGGCCCAACUGGCUCCGUCUCGGACCCUGGAACAUCAUCUUCUUCAUCACCUACGAGCAGCUGAAGAAGCUUCCGUUAUAGCCGAACCACAGACGACGCAACACUCCACUGGCUGAAAGUGUGUGUGUGUGUGUGUGUGUGUGUGUGUGUGUGGGAGGAAGGGAGGGAAGGGCAGGGAGCAAGUGAGCCUCCCUUCCUGCCUUCACCCUUUCAUUCACAAUCCCUCCAUGUAAUGUGUACACUGAUUUCAAUGUUUUAGUUUGGGUUCUAUGUGUGUGUGUUUGUGUGCGUGUGUAAUAUAUAUUUAUAUAAUAUAUAUUAUACCUACACAUGGUUCCUUCUUUUUUCUUCUUUUUUUUUUUUUUUGCAUUAAAUAGUUUUUUUUAAAUGAGUUUGCACCAUGAUUUUGCACCUAAAGCCUUGCUUUAUCGAUCCUGGCAGCUAAAUUUGAGGUCAGCACAAAGAUGGGAACGUUCCAUCAGCUAGUCACUACGUCUAAAUAACAGAACGUGCACGAGGCGGUGGGGGUUUUGAGGCUUUAGUAGCAUCGUUAGUGAUUAUUAUUAUUAUUAUAAUUAUUAUUAUAGAUCCCAGGUGUGUGAGAGAUGUGUUUGAGGCAAAUGCACUGGUUGGAUUGUGUUGGAUUAAGAGCGUCCUGCCCGGAUUAGCUUUACUGGAGCACCUUUAUGCGGCGUGUAGAUUGUAUGUACGUGGCCAGUGUAUGACCGUGCUCUAAACAUUACGUUCAGCAAGUCUAGGCUAAUUCGGCAUCAUUUAUUAUUAUUAUUAUUAUUAUUAUUAUUAUUAUUUUGGUUUGAGACGGAACGCAGAUUCGGCGUUUCUUUUUGUUCUCGGACUUUUUCGUUGCCAAAUAUCGCUCCGCCCAAAUCGCAGUUUUGUGUAAUAACCUCGCUAAAAGUAAAAAUGUUCUGUAAAACACGCACAGAACCGAUAGCACUUCUGUCCUGCAGGGUCCUGGCAGUCUUUUAUGCUGUGUGUGUGUGUGUGUGUGUGUGUGUACACAUCUGUUUGUAUACAAGCAUGUGUGGCAAUGUAUCAUAUUUUAUGUAGGUGUGAUGUACAUUACGCUGCUGUACAUUAGAUAGUAUUAGCAUCUUUUUUCUUCUUCUUCUUCUUCUUCUUCUCCCAAAACAAAGUGUACUGUAAAAACAAAACAAAAAAAAAACAACACAAAAAAAACCCAACCCUUUCAAAAUGUGACAAAUCGGUACUGUUACAUCUUCUCCAGCUUCUCUUUUCCGUCCUGUUCAGUUUGAUCUCCAAACAUUUUUCUCUGAAACGUGUUUUUAAAAUAUUCCGUUACGUUACAUUACGCUGCUCUGGCGAUGAAAAUGAGAUUUAAACCUUUCGUAUGGAUUUGCUUCCAUAGUGUACGAUCGUUAUCAAGGAUAUAAGCUAGAUUGUGUU